AUGUAUGAUGAGAAUGAGAAUUGUUCAAGUGAUGAGUUUGAAGAAGAAGUUGAGUCAGAUAACAAGAACAAGACAAUUGUUCAAUUUAAUAAUGUCUUGCUUGCUUCAAGCUUUCUAAUACAUGAUUACUAUUCACUUUACAUAAACAAAAAAGCAUGCAUGACAUCUACACAAACUGGAAAUAAAUGGAUUUCUGAGUUAAUUUUUGGCCAUCCUGUUAGAUUUCAUAAUAUUUUUAGAAUGUCACAAAUCAUUUUCAACGACUUGGUAUGUUUACUGGAAUCAAAACACGGGAUGCAUGGAUUGCGUAGGACGAACAUUAAAGAAGUACUUGCCAUUACAUUAUUUAUUUUAAGUCAGAAUGAAUCUAUUCGAGCAACUGCUGAAAGAUUACAGCAUUCAAUAGAAACUAUUAGUAGAUAUUUCUCUGUUGGAAUUGAAGCAUUAGCUCAAUUGUCAUUGGAUAUUAUUUCACCCGAAGAUAAGCAAUUUCAAAAUAUUUCAGUACACAUCCGUAAGGAUAUGAGGUAUAUGCCAUAUUUUAGAGAUUGCAUUGGGACAAUUGAUGGAACGCACAUUGAUGCAAGAAUUCCUGUGGAAGAUUCCAUUCAUAGGACGACAUCAUAA